GGGGUUGGAAUGGACUAUUCAGCAACCAGCAAGCUUGCCCUCCAAUGGACAUUUGAUAAUCUGAUCGAAGCUGGCGAUCUCGUUGUUGUCAUCGAUGUCCUCUCCCCCAAAUCCGAUCCGACCAAUAAGCAGCUCUUUGAGGACACUGGAUCACCUUUGAUACCUCUGGAAGAAUUCAGAGAGAUUAAUGUGUGCAAGAAAUAUGGACUCACUCCUGAUGCAGAAGUUCUGGAUAUACUUCAUACCAUGUCAAAGACCAAAGGGGCAAAGGCUGUGGCAAAGGUGUACUGGGGGGACCCAAGAGAGAAGCUGUGUGAUUCUGUGGAAAAUCUCAAGCUUGAUUCCAUUGUUGUUGGCAGCAGAGGCUUAGGUGCCAUUAAAAGGGUGUUCCUUGGCAGUGUGAGCAACCACGUGGUGCAAAAUGCUACAUGCCCAGUCACAGUUGUGAAGGGGCCACCAUUGCCCAAGCCUUAGUUUUCUGCUCUCUUAUUCUUUCCCUCAAUAUAUCCAAAUGAAGGUUGCUAUUAGAUCUAUUGUAGUGGCCUAUAGUAGAUCAAUAUGAAGUCUGAGUGAUUGUUGUGUGACUUCCAUGUUAGAAUGUGGAAAGGAAAAGGGUAAACUACUUAUUAUGAUAAAUAUCGUUUUCCUUUUUCAUUUAUGUGAGAAAAAUAAAUUGGUAAUUAAAGAAAAUGAAGCAUUCUCUUGUGGAAAAAGGUUAUUGGAGUAUAGUAUCUGCAUAAAUGUUGCGUGUCUCUUUUUGUUUUAGAAAGUAUUUUAUGUAA